UGCAGAGGCCUCUCACCUCUUCAAUUACAGUUCCACUAAAACAUCUAAAGGAGGAGAUCAGUCCUUUUACACAUCUCUGAUAGCAGAUGACCGUUACACAUCUCCACCAGAUUCCACCUACUUCUCGGGAAUACUGCAAAAAGAAAACAGCCCUGUUACUUGUUCAGACAGCACAGAAGGGUUUAACAUAAUAGGGCAUUCCAUUCAAGAUGUGAUGGGAUUUGAGUCCCGUGGUUUGUUUAGCUCAGAUUCAGGAAUAGAAAUGACUCCUGCAGAACCCACUGAUGUUAAUAAAACCUUAGCAGAUCCCAUGAAAGUAGAAGCUUAUAAAUACAUGGACAUAAGUAGAUCAGAAGAGGUAAAAUACCAAGAAAGAUGCAACACAAGCUUAGAAGACAAGAAUACAAGCUUUAUCAAUAAGUGCCCUGAAACAGCAGCCAAGUUAGAGCAUAUUUCUGGAUCUAAGAAACCCACUUUUGAGGAGACGAAAGUGGCCAAAGGACAAAACUUUUUUGAAGAAUCAACUGUUCCAUCCUGUGCAGAGGAAAUAUUUGGUGAUCAACACAGUGCCUCAUUGAUUACAGCACCUGUCAAGAUUACACUCACUGAGAUAGAAAGCGUAGGGGAAACUGCAAACAAAGAGUCACCUCCAAAUAAGCAAGAAACAGGGCUGAAACCAAGCCAUGAAGUGGUUCCAACAGUGACUGUGUCAGAGCCAGAAGAUGACAGCCCAGGUUCUCUCACACCACCAUCUUCUGGCACAGAACCAUCUGGCUCAGAAUCUCAAGAUAAAUGCAGCCUGUCAGAGGAUGAGCUCAUCGGUGCCAUUAAAGAAGCAAAGGGCUUUUCCUUUGAAACCUCUGAAGUCCAGCGUUCGCCAGGCCUUUAUACAGAAAAACAAGAUCAGAAAAGCAAGCCAGGGCGUCCAGCUGUUUCAUCCCCUUUAGAUAAUGAAGUCAGCAGUGCCGAGUCUGGCGACUCUGAGAUAGAGCUGGUCUCAGAAGACCCGCUAGCUGCUGAAGAGGUGCUACACUCCAGCUACAUGACCUUCAGUCAUAUCAGAGGGCCUCCCCCUUCGCCUGCUUCUCCUUCAAUACAGUACAGCAUCCUGAGGGAAGAGCGUGAAGCUGAACUCGACAGCGAACUGAUUAUCGAGUCAUGCGAUGCCUCUUCAGCUUCCGAAGAAAGUCCCAAGAGGGAGCAAGAUUCUCCUCUCAUGAAACCAAUAAUCAUGGACAUAAUCCAGGAAGAGAGUAGUUCGAAAACUGAUGCUUCUGACUUUGAAGUAAGUAAGACAACAGAGAGUAGGAUGAACAGGGAAAAUCUAGCUGAGUCUGCUUCCUAUCUGAAAUGCUCUUUUGUAGCACCCAAAGUAAGUGUCGAGCCACCAACCUCUACCAUCGGUACUGAAGAACGAAAGGAAAAAAUAAUUCAGAAGAAGCCACUUGAAGCAACAGUUGUUAACCAAAGUAAACUGUCAUCCAAGGACUCUGGGAAAACAAGUUCCUUGGCUUCCCCCUCACUGCCAUUUUUAAAUAAGCAAAAAG